GGUGAGGAGUGGAAUUGUUCUGAUUGUGCACCUAUCACCAUGGUGGACUUGCGUAGUGGGAAGAGUACUAACCCCUACACUCAGGAGCAGCAAGAGAAGAUGACCGCCUUAGUAAGAGAAAAUAAGGAAAGGAAGUAGAAGGCAAUCGCAGAAGAGCAGGCGUCGAAGAGGAAAAAAAUGGAGGAGGAGAUGAUGAGGAUUCAGCAGGAGGAGGAAGAAAAGAGAAAGGUUGCCGAAGAGGAAGCAGCAGCAGAAGAGCAAAAAGAGAAAAGACGUAUAGAAGAGAAAGGGGAAAGUAGUGGCACGGCGAAUGAGGACGCCGCAAUGGAGAAGAAGAUAAGUGAGUGGAUCGCUAACUUAUCGUUGGGGGAGCAUGAGGAGGUAGAGUUCUAUGUGCCCCAGGACGAGAGGGAUGCGUUAGCCCAGGAGCUAGCGGCAAUGGAGGACCCUCUGGAACGGAGGGAAAGGGAAGAAGAGAAGAAGUUGGAGUGGAAGCUAAGGAUGAAGAGGGAGAAGAAGAGAAGGAGGGAUGACGUUAAUAGAUUGACCGCAGAAGUGGCAAAAUUGAAGGACUGCAGACAAGAAGUGCAAGCGCAGACAGACAUGUCUGCCAAGAUGGAUAAGGUGCUGGGAUAUGUAGAGUUGUUGAGUGCAGCCUGGAUGGAGGAGCGCCAGACCAACAGGUGCCAAGAGGUAGCAUUGAGUGCCAUGCAGUCAGGGUUUAGAGAUUUUGCGCGAGAUAUGGUUACCCACGUUGGAGGCGAAGUUAGGCGGUUGAGGGACAGCGUGGGAAAGUUCUGCGAGGGCGCCAUCGAAGGUGCCAAAGCGAUAGCUGCUGUAGAGGGUGAGGCCAGGCCCCGUAAAGAGCCUGUGAAGCUUAAAUUCCCUGAUGCCUAUGGGGGGAAGAAGGAGGAAAAUUUUGAUAACUGGGAGGCAAGCGUCAACAACUACGUUUAUUUACAGCACAUCCUGACUGAGGAGCAAGUCCUCGUGGUCUUCCAGGCUCUUAAGGAUGAGGCGGCUAGUUUUGCCAGGUCCCUCGCGCGCGCAGCAGGUUGUGAAAACAACCUAGUUGCAUACUCUAAAGUCACCCCCCUUCCUCAAUUCUUUAAGCUCCUGAGGGAGCGAUUUGCUGACCCAACGAGAGGCGUCAGGGCCUCUGACAAGUUACAGACAAUCCACUCGCGACAGUGGAGGAGUGCAAGAGCACUCAAGCGCGUCAUGGACGACUUAGUAGCCGUCCCAGACCAUGGGGUCCCUGAGACCCAAUUGGUGCAAUUGUUUUAUCGUGCCAUGCCAGAGGCCCUGCGUGGGCACUUCUUUGACAAGUCUCAACAGGCCGGCAUCACUUAUGCUGUGUUGAGUAGGGAAGUGGUCCUGUAUGAGUCAAAGUCCAUGCCAGUUACCACUUUCUGGCAUAAGGACCUGGACAAGGGGAAGAAGUGGAAAGGCCGUACCAUCUCAGGCCAAGUGAGGGCCAAGGAUCACAUGAUCCUUACCUUAGAGGAAGGUGGUACAGAUGAGGUCCCGUAUAGUCAGAUUGAGUGGGGCCUUGAGGAAGAGGACAAUAGCGUGGGACAGGGGAGGUCCUAUGCCGCUGUCGCGGCUGGAGGGAGGCCGCAAGGUAGAGGAGGAGGCCAAGGCCAAAGGGGCCAGGCCAUGGGAGGCCGAAGACCGGGUGCACAGGGGGUUGGCGGACAAGGGAACCGCCAACGAUGUAUGGACGAUCUGUUUAGGCCGUGGUUAGACAAGUUUGUAGUAGUUUAUUUAGAUGACAUCUUAAUUUUCAGCAAGACCCUCCAGGAGCAUCAGGGUCAUCUGAGGCAGGUUUUGGAGAAGUUGAGAGAGUCAAACUUCAAGAUCAACGCGAAGAAGUGUGAGUGGGCCAAGACACAAGUUCUGUACUUGGGCCACGUAUUAGAUGGAGAUGGGAUCAAACCCGAGGACAACAAGAUAGCGGCAAUCAGAGACUGGCCGACGCCCCGCACAUUAACAGAGUUGCGGUCGUUCUUAGGCCUAGCUAAUUACUAUAGAAAGUUCAUGAGGAACUUUUCUACUAUCGCCGCUCCUUUGCGCAGGUUGCUUAAGAAAGAGGCAAUCAGGCAAUGGGACAAAGAUUGUACGUCUGCGCUAAAGAGACUGAAGCGCGCGUUAAUAGAAUACCCCGUCUUCAAGGUAGCUGAUCCGUCCUUGCCAUUUGUCGUUACCACGGACGCCAUUUGUCGUUACCAUGGAAUAGGCACCGUGUUGCAGCAAGACGACGACAACUGCUAUAGACCCGUAGAGUUCAUGUCAGCGAGGAUGCCUUCAGAGAAGGUUGCUACCUCAACGUACGAGAGGGAACUCUACGCUCUCAGGCAAGCUUUAGAGCACUGGAAGCAUUAUCUGCUUGGGAGGCACUUCAAAGUAUAUUCUGACUAUGAGACGCUUAGAUGGUUAAAGACCCAGACCAAGAUGACACCUAAGCUAACCAGGUGGGCCGCUGAGAUAGAUCAAUACAACUUUGAGCUCAAGGCAGUGAAGGGCAAGGACAACGUAGUUGCGGACGCUCUGAGUAGGAGGUCAGACUACUUUGGAGCCAUAGUACGCUAGCUGGAUAUAGGGAGAGACCUACAGGAGAAAGUGAGACAAGCGUAUGCGCAGGACCCUAUCUAUAGCGACCUCCUAAAGACAGUUAGAGAGGCACCAUAGACUGAACCAGAUUACCGCACUACAGACGGGUUGUUGUUUGAGAAGACUAACGUAUUCGACCGUCUAUGCGUUCUCAACAGCGAGGAGAUCCGCAGUGUAAUCCUAGGGGAAUGCCACGAUAUAGAGGGACAUUUCGGUUGGCAAAAGACUUUAGCCAAUCUAAUACAUGCGUAUACCUCGCCAAGAAUGAAGAAUGACUGCAUAG